UUUAUUUUUAACACCAAGAACUAUAAAGCUAUAUAAUAAUCAAAUGAUUUUGGUUAAGGAAAAAAAACAUCCGAUAGAAUCACCAGAUUCAACAACGUCACCAAAUAUACCCAAUGUUGAUUUAGAGCGAUCAAAUAUAUCGAGUAUGCCAAAUGUUAACUUUAAUAAUGAUUCCAAAGUUUUAAAUAGUAACACACCAUCCAAUACUGUAAAUAAUAAAUUUUCACCAAAAAACAAAUCGACCAAUUCAAAUAAAACUAAAGAUGAAAAGGCAUUCUUUUAUUAUCCGUUAUACACAGAUCCCUUUAGUUUAUCUUUUUUAAAUUAUUCAUUUUUUAAAAGUAGUUUUAAUUACGACCCUGAUGCAGUUUUACAAAGCAAUGAAUAUAUUCAAUUCGAAAAAAUGCAAAAUAAUUUUUAUUCUAAUUUAGAUCAAAUUCAAUCUUUUUCAUUGGGCACCGAUAAAAAAGAUGACAAUAAAACUAGUAAUAUUGAUAACAAUGAAACAAGUAAAAAUACAUCCAACAACACCAGUAGUAACAACACCAGUAGUAACAACACCAGUAGUAACAACACCAGUAGUAACAACACCAGUAGUAACAAAAACAACAACAAAAAUGAUAAUAUAUAUUUCCAUGGUAUUGAUAUUGAAGAUGAAGAUCCUAAAAAAGCUCAUCGUCCGCCUGUAUGUAAACCUCAAUAACUGACCACAAUAAAUAAUUUUUUUUUUUUUUGUUUUCUAAAUUUAAAUUUAUAAUUAUACAGAUGUAUAUUAAAUAAAACUUAUUAACUAU